GUAGCGGUUGGAGGAUCCCUGCUCGGUGCAAAACUAACAAGCGUGCUUUCAGUGUCCGUGUCGUUCGAUUGGAAUUACAUUGCCUCGCUCGGAUCUCCUCUGUGGUACCCGCUGUAUGCGUUGACCAAUUCGUUCAUCGGCUACCUGGGAUGCAUCAUCCUCUUCAUGGGAAUCUACUACGGGAAUGUCUGGAAUUCUCAGAAUUUCCCCUUCCUCUCCCAGCUGUUGUUCACCAACAACUCGAACUCCACGUACUAUGACACCUACAACCAGACGAUGAUCCUGAGCCCGGAUUUUACCGUCGAUGAGGAGGCCCUGAAGCAAUACGGUGUGCCUUGGCUGACUGGAACGUACCUGGCAAACCUCAUCACCACGAACAUGGGCAUCACCGCGACGCUCACGCACAUGUUUCUCUGGAACUUUGAUGACAUCAAUAGACACUCGUAG